GGACCGUCGCAGUAGUUUCAAGCACGUGGUCAACAUGGAUAGUGAGAGCACUGCCAGCACUUCGCAACAACCCUCAGGAGGAGCAAGAAAUUCGGACCUCAUUGUAUUCCAGUGUUCAGGGUGCAAUGCAAUCAUUGGAGACUCGUCCUCUUACAUUGGAACGCACCGUGAUAUUGGGAUCAUGGUUCUGGCAGCUGCCAACAAUGUCUACCAGGGGAACAAUCUGGUGUCUUCUACAGAUGGUGAAGAUGUAGGAAGCACCUAUGUGAGGGCCAGGUGUCUGAAGUGCAAGAGGAUCCUUGGUCAAGUGUACAAGACAACCCCCAAGGAGCUGGACUUUCUCAGGGAGACAUUUAGUUUUGAUGUCUUCAAAGUCACAAAUUAUGAAUUGGCCAGUGGCAAGGUGACACCUCUACCAGACAAACCUGUGGACAACUCUCCAGUGCCGUCUUACAGAGAUGUGGUCAUGGAGUUCCAGAAGAUGCAGGGCAUUUUUGUUGCCAUGAAUGAAAGAAUCAACACCUUGGAGAAAGGUCUCCCACCUGCCUCACGACCUCCCGCUGACAACACCGUCGUGGUUCUGCCACAGGUUCCAGGGCCCUCUAGCGGCCCGGUGCAGCCGAUCACCAAGAAACAGAGAUCAGAAAAAUACAUUGGUUACCAAGUCAGUGAACAGGAGUAAGGAGGAUUCACUUGUUGUUUCUUUGAGGAUUGCUUGUCAAGAACACUCGUUUUGUUCCAAGUGAAGGAGUCUUCACAAAUGUGAGAACAGUUUUUUUAAACAAAUUUUAUUAAGUUGAGGAUCUAGUGAACGCUAGCUCUCAUUAUGUAAUUAGUGCCAUAUUCAUUAUCUGGACUGUGAUGAAAGAAAUGUGAAAGUUUCACAGAUUUUAAAUCAGACAUUUGAUUUACAAAUAUUUUAUGGUUUCAGUUCAGCAUCAGAUGAAUGCUAGUUCUUGGUCUGUAAUUACAGCAUUCUUGUUACUGAGUGCUUUUAAUUGAUCUGACUUUGAAAUGAAUGCCUUUUUCAUAUGACUUGUGUUCAGUUGUUUUACUAGAUGUUCAGAACAAGUUUUCUCUGGUAAGUGCACAUCUUGAAGGGAAAUCGGGUCUUCUGAAACAGUUGUAGAUAAUACACUAAAGUUAAAGGUAAUUUGUUCUUUUUAUUAGCAAGCAUCAUCAGUUUGUUUUGCAACUUGUAUUUAAAACAGAAUUCACUUUCUGGUUGAUUGUUCAAAGCAUGUUUCACAGAUGUUACUACGAUCAGUUAUUUCUUUUUACAAAUAUAUGUUGAUUUCGAGUUGAGAUUCCAGUGAAUACUGGUUCUGUCUGUAAUUAAUGAGAUAAAUUGUUGAUAGUGUUUAUAGAAAAGUGAAGAAGUCUUCACAAAUGUUCAAAUAGUUCAGCAUUUUAGAAUUAUUUAUGUUGAGUGUCUAGUGAACACUUUUUUCAGUCAUUAAUUCAUGUCUUAGAACAAACUUUGAUAUGUAAGCACAUCUUGCUUAUGAUUUGCAAACUGUUUUGUUUCAUAAAGGUUACUUGAAUCAGUCACAGAUAAAGUGAAGAAGUAUUCACAAAUUGAAAAAAAAAAA